CUGUUUGCUUUGCAGGCUGAAUCCUCCCGCAUGAAGAAAGAGGAACUGGAGGUGGAACAAGCAGUUGUGCAUCACAAGUUGCCUGCAUAUGUGGCCAACAUGGAUCGACUAGGGGACUCUGAGCUUGAUAUGACCUGCAGCCAGAGGAGUACUGCACAUUCUCUUCAGUCCCGGGGAGGCUUUCUGUCCUCUUUUCUUUCCCAAAGUAAAAAGGGCCCUUCCAGACCAUCCCAUCCAGGUGGGGCUUCUCCAACACAGACUGGCAGUAUGCUGCUAGGGAAGAAAGAACCAACAAAUCACCAGAGUGCCAAAGGAAAAGAAGGAACAGUGAGCUGUAAGGACGGGAAGGGCCACUUCAGUGGGUUAGUAGCAGGCGAGUCAAGUUCCCUGCAGCAGCGGCAGAAGCGCUUGCAAGAGCAUGGGAAGGAAAGGAAGGAACUGCUGUCCAAAGGGACCUUCCAGGGCCAAAGUGCUGAGAAGAAAAUGGAUGUCAGCACAGCUGAGACAGAGCCAUGCUCAGAGCCGCAUGCUGAGCAAGCGGAGACUUCAACCAGAAUGCCUGCCAGCAGUGCAGAGGCCGUGGGUGUCCGGCAGGAGCAGCCUUUCAUCGUCCUGAGCCAGGAGGAAUAUGGGGAGCACCAUUCAUCCAUCAUGUACUGCAGGGUUGAUUGUUCUGGACGGAGGGUGGCCAGCUUGGAUGUGGAUGGGGUCAUCAAAGUCUGGUCUUUCAACCCUAUAAUGCAAACAAAAGCUUCAUCCAUUUCCAAAUCUCCGUUGCUGUCUCUGGAAUGGGCGACCAAGCGUGAUCGGCUGCUAUUGCUUGGCAGUGGGGUCGGGACAGUUCGUCUUUAUGACACAGAAGCGAAGAAGAAUCUCUGUGAAAUCAGCAUUGAUGAAGACAUGCCCAGGAUCCUCUCGCUUGCCUGCAGCCCAAGUGGUGCCUCCUUUGUCUGUUCUGCGGCAGCCCAGAGCCCCAUCUCCCGCGUGGACUUCUCAGCAGUAAGCUCUGGGGGCAAAAGCAUGAACCAAGUUCCUGGGAAGCUGCUGCUGUGGGACACUAAAACGAUGAAGCAGCAGCUGCAGUUCUCCCUGGAGCCUGAGCCCAUUGCUAUUAACUGCACAGCCUUCAACCACAAUGGCAACCUGCUGGUCACUGGGGCUGCAGACGGGAUUGUUCGUCUCUUUGAUAUGCAGCAGCACGAAUGCGCCAUGAGCUGGAAGGCACACGAUGGGGAAGUCUACUCUGUUGAGUUCAGCUAUGAUGAGAACACAGUCUACAGCAUAGGCGAGGAUGGCAAGUUUAUUCAGUGGAAUAUUCACAGAAGUGGCUUGAAGGUGUCAGAGUACGAUCUUCCCAGCGAAGCUACAGGUCCUUUUGUUUUGUCCGGGUACAGUGGCUAUAAGCAAGUCCAGUUCCCACGAGGAAGGCUUUUUGCUUUUGACUCUGAGGGCAACUAUAUGUUGACGUGUUCUUCUACUGGGGGAGUAAUUUUUAAGUUAAAUGGUGAGGAAAAGGUUCUGGAGAGCUGCCUUUCCCUGGGAGGACACCGAGCUCCUGUUGUCACAGUGGAUUGGAGCACGGCCAUGGACUGUGGGACCUGCCUCACUGCCUCUAUGGAUGGGAAGAUUAAACUAACAACCUUACUGGCUCAA